UCUCCCGGCCAGCACUUGGGUUUUGAAUACAGCCACACUGGAAAUCCCACCAGGAAGUGCUUGGAAAAAGGAGUGGCAGCACUGGAUGGGGCCAAGUGCAGUUUGGCCUUUGCUUGGGGUUUAGCAGUCACUUUGAUUAUUACUCAUCUUUUAAAAGCGGGAGACCAAAUUAUUUGCAUGGAUGAUGUGUAUGGAGGUACAAGCAGGUAUUUUAGGAAGGUGACUGCUGAAUUUGGAUUAGAGACUUCUUUUGUUGAUUGUACCAAAACCAAAUUGCUGGAGGCAGCAAUUACACCAGAAACCAAGCAGGGACCUUUGGCUCUGGGAGCUGAUAUUUGUAUGUAUUCUGCAACAAAAUAUAUGAAUGGCCACAGUGAUGUUGUAAUGGGCUUAGUGUCUAUUAAUUCUGAAGACCUCCAUAACAGACUUCAUUUCUUGCAAAAGGCUCUUGGAGCAGUUCUGUCUCCUAUGGACUGUUAUCUCUGCAAUCGACACCUGAAGACUCUGCAAAUCCGAAUGAAGAAGAAUUUCAAAAAUGGAAUGGCAGUUGCCCAAUUCCUAGAAUCUAAUCCCCAGGUAGAAAAAGUUAUUUAUCCUGGUUUGCCCUCCCAUCCACAGCAUGAGGUGGCAAAGCGUCAGUGCACAGGUUGCCCAGGUAUGAUCACCUUUAUUAUUAAGGGCACUCUUCCACAUGCUGAGACUUUCCUCAAGAACCUAAAGUUAUUUACUCUGGCUGAAAGCUUGGGAGGAUAUGAAAGUCUUGUUGAGUUUCUGGCAAUCAUGACCCAUGCAUCAGUGCCUAAGAAUGACAGGGAUAUCCUUGGAAUUAGUGACACACUGAUUCGACUCUCUGUGGGCUUAGAGGAUGAAAAAGAUCUGCUAGAAGAUCUAGAUCAAGCUUUGAAGGCAGCACACCCUUCAAGAGGAAAUUGCAACUAA